ACGAAACCGUUGAAAGUUGGGGUGCUGGGACAGGGCGUGUUCUCUCGCCAACUCGACGGGAUGGCAUAACCGAUUUUGCGCCGCCGCGACAAAUGCAGUUCGCUCUGUGCACAAAGGACACCGUCUCGAAGGUGGACCUGUGCGACUACGACUUUCUCUGCGCCAACGCGACUGCAUUCCUGAACGUGGACGGCACCACUGCUGAGUUUAGCUACGCCGAUAUGGACGGCGACGUGCUCACAAUCAAGAACCAAACGGAUGUUGACGAAGCCAUCGAGUACAUGAAAGUUGCUGGCUUGGACGUCCUCCGAAUCGACGUGCGGGUUCCCCCGGCUUCUUCGACCAUUUCCCCCGUCCCCAAUCCGACAAGUGUCCAGACACCCCCAGAAGUACCGAGUCCUCCUCCAGCACCAAUUGAUGUCCCGGCGCCAACCCCAUCUGUCCCGUUGACUCUCCCGGUCAUUCAUUCCCGUCGAGUGUGUGAUGGAUGCAACAUGUACCCGAUUGUUGGCACUCGCUUCCGACCCACGCGCAAACCUGGUCUCGACUUUUGCACGUCGUGCGUUGCUCAAUCUAAGUGGCAGCACCAUGCGCCAUUUGAAACGAUUGAUAAGGAACUUGUGACUCACGACAAUGUCACGUGCGAUGGCUGCCAAAUGUCCCCUCUUGAAGGUGUUCGCUACAAGUCCGCUGUCGUGGAUGACUUCGACCUUUGUGCCACCUGCGAAGCUUCGGGCAAGUGGGCGGCCACUCACGAGCCUUUCCUCAAGAUCACCCACCCCUGCAAGUCAAUCCGACCGAACAAUGUCCACGACGGAGUUGUUUGCGACGGAUGCAACAUGCACCCGAUCGUUGGUGCCCGGUUCAAGUCUGCUGUGAUCAAGAACUUCGACUUGUGCGAAACUUGCGAGCGUUCGGGCAAGUGGAAUCUGAGUCAUGGUCCGAUGCUCAAGAUCUACAUACGCAAGCAAACUCCGGUUGCGCUCUAUGUGGCCACCACCGACGAAGAUAGCGUGCAAACACAAGAACAGUUCACAGCCCAGGCGCAGGAGCAACACCAACACCGACAUCACCCACACCACCACCAUCCCCAUCCCCACCACCACCACCCGCACCAUGGCCACCACCACCACCAUCAUAACCAUCAACAUGGUCCUCACCAUGACAAGUCAAAAAACGGGGACGGAUGGAAGUCGAAGCGCGAGUUUUGGAAGCAGCACUGCCACGAGCAGAAGGCGCAGUGGAAGGAGCAAUUCAAAGCGCAAAAGGCGCAAUGGAAACAAGACAAGAAGCACUGGAAGCGCCAACAACAUUCUCCACGAGCGGCUCCCGAUGACACAACUGUCCCUUCUCUGGCCGAAGCGAUGGCGCACAUCAAGGCGCAACUGAAGCAACACUUUACCCCAGAAAGGGUGGCGGAGGUUCAGGAUACGUUGAAGGUGCACUUACCUGCUGAGAUGUUUGAAGCAUUCAAGGCGCGCUCGGAUGAAUGGUUGGCUUCGGUGGAAACGUCUCAUCAAGCCAUGUUUGUCGAGGACGUGACUGUGCCCGACGGCACGGUGUGCUUUCCCGGCGAGGCUCUGUCUAAGAAGUGGCGCCUGCGCAACACUGGCUCCAACGCGUGGCCCGUGGGCUGCAAGGCGGUCUUUGAAGGCGGCGUAUCGAUGGCGUGUGACGAGACCGCUGUUGUAGUGGUGCCUCCUUUGGCCCCUGGAGCUGACUGUGUUGUGGAGAUGGUAUUGAUCGCUCCUCAAGAGGCUGGCCGCCACGCGAGCCAUUUUCGAUUGAGCACACCGAGCAACGUAAUGUUUGGCGAGCGUUUUUGGAUUGACGUGGUGGUUGACGCCGAAAUGGCGCAAGCGGCGGACGACAACAUGGUGGCGAAUGCAAUUCCCUUGGCCACUCUGGUCGUCCAUGACGACGAAGUAGAGAAGCCGAUGGAAGUGGCCGCAAUAGACGAAGUCGACGACAUAAAGGAAGCGAUGGAAGCUCCCCCUGAGGUUGUGAAGGACGACCACGUGGAAGAAACUGCAUCGGAAGCGUCGUCGGACGACUUCGUCGCAGUGGGAAGCCCUGCGGACGUAGAUGCGCUUGAAGCGGAGGCCGAGAAGUUGAUGGAUGAGCAGGGUGAAUUUGCGACGGAAUUGGCCAUGCUGGGCGCCAUGGGCUUCGAAAACAAUGAACGUCUUCGUGCGCUGCUGACGGAGUUUGAAGGUAACCUCGAAAAGGUCGUGGAGAAAUUGCUCGAGUAGUCUGUCGCACUGCUUGUAUUUGCGUGUUUUUUUUAAACUAAAUUCUUUGAAUCGAUACUCUGUCGUGACGCCCAA